AUGGGACGCAGACGGGUCUCGCAGAGGCGAAAGAAAUGCGACGAGAGACAACCUGUUUGUGGGGAUUGUCGCCGCCUGGGACUGCUGUGUGGCUUCCAGCAGAGCAGGCUUCCAACAGAGCAGCAUCUCUCGCCGCAGAGUACACUAGCAGACGAGCGCGGGUCGUUGCCUGAGGCUGGCUAUCUUCAGGAGGCGCCGGCAGAAUGGAUCGCUCUGAUCGAGGAUGGCGAUCUUGGGGAACAUCCGCGGCCGGCCCAUCUUGGACACAGUUCCGCCCUGCACGACUUUCCAAUCACGUUCAGUCGGCAAGACGAAGCGGCAAUGUCCACUUUUUAUCCGCCACUCGCUCUGAGUAACCUUAUCGAGCUGGGUUCCAACACGCUCAAAGACUGGAGCAUCGGGGAGCGUUAUCUACUGAACCACUAUCUGCAGUCAGUGUCCCGCUCCCUUGUGGUGGUCGAUGAUAGCGAGAACCCAUGGUUGCGCGUGGUAACUCCCAAGGCGUUGGAGAACCCCACGGUGAGCCAUGCGCUGCUUGCGCUCUCCGCUGCACACCUUGGCAAAGUUUACCCGGCGUUCCUCAAAGACCUUGUUGAUCACCGGAGCCGGGCGCUUCAGGGACUCAAGGCGGAACUUCAGAGCAGCCGGGACGUGCUGCCUGCGCUGAUGACGACUAUGUUACUCUGCAUAACCGAGAUAUGCGACGGACUAUCGAAGAGGUGGUUGAUACACCUUCGUGGGGCUCAGGCAUUGAUAGUCAACUCUGAUCUUUCUUUUGCCCAGGAGUCCUUGACAACACUGGUUGACAUGUACAACCUGAUCUCACACAUGGGCUCGAUCACUUGUGUGGGAGUACCGGGUGCUUUUGACGACCUAGUACAGCCUCGUUUGUUCCAGCCUCAUGACCAGGUAUCAACACAUCCAACACACCCACUAUACGGCAUUGCGGGAGAUAUAUACAAGUUACUGCAGCGUGUUAAUAGGCUAGAUUUAAAAGGGAAAGACGACAGCAUCAUGGAACAGCCUUCGGGCGAGGCAUAUGCUGAGGUUGAGUCUAUUCGGAUGGGCUUGCAGAACUGGACGCCUCCCAGAAUUGAGGGCGGCACUCCCAUGCAGUCCACGGCAGAGACUCGAGCGGCGGCAGUUGCCCUGCAAUGGGCAACGAUGCUAUGGCUAUUCCAGAAGACGGGGCGGCCAGAUGACUUUGAUGCGAAAACAGCUUCCGACAGCAUACUGUCUACAAUGUCUCUCAUCCGACCCGGGUCCCAAGCCGAAGCUCAUCUGCUCUUUCCGCUCUUCAUGGCUGGGGUGGUAUGCAACUCAAAGGCUGGCCGGUUGGCGGUUGAGUACAGAUUGAGCAGAAUGGAGGCCACGCUCGGGUUCGGCAACAUCAAAGCAGCCCACAGGCUCUUGGAGGAGGUAUGGCGAGGGGCGAAUCAAGGAGACGAGAUCGACUGGGAAUGGUUAGCCCGGACUCGGUAUCCUGGUCUUGUGCUCUUUCAUGGCCCCUGGUGCUCUGAUUCCGGAGACCGAACCGUCCCCAAGCACGCCAAACUCGAAGUCCUCGAGAUUGUCAUGUCCAAUUCCAAUUCUUACGAGGUAAUGCAAGACGACUAUGGCGACUUUAGGGACGAACUCAACAAGAAUGGCUUCGCGGUCGUGAAAGGUGCCAUCCCUCGUGAUCGGGCCGUCAGCUACCAAGAGAGCGCGUACGCGUGGCUUAAAUCUUUCAGUAGCGAUUUGGACUUCAACAACCCGGCUACAUGGAUUGAGGAGAACCUUCCCAGGGCGAGCAAGAUUCGCACGUAUGGCGGUUACUGCGUGGCCCACGAAAAGUUCAUGUGGGAUGCACGCCUCGAAGACGGAGUGUUGGAAGCCUUCGAGCGCAUGUGGGGGACCGACGAACUCCUCGUCAGCUUCGACAGUCUCAACAUAACCUUUCCCAACCGCCCCGACCUCCAGGCGAGGAAGCCGUGGGAACACAUAGACCAGAGCCCGGUCAAGCGCGGAGUCCAUUGCGUCCAAGGCAUCAUCAGCUUGUCGUCCUCGGGGCCGGACGAUGGCGGGCUGGUGGUCUACCCGAAAUCACACCUCCUCAACGACAAGUUCUUCGCCGAAGUGUGCCAGGGCACGUUUGAUCAGGAACCUAUCAAAGACAUCUACCUCUUCAAGCCUGAAGAGCUAGCCUGGUUCGAAGGCCAGGGACUCAAGCCUCACAAAGUCUGUGCCGACGUCGGAGACCUGAUCCUAUGGGACAGCCGCACCAUCCAUUAUGGUUCUGAUCCGACUACGAACGGCAAGGCGAUUAGGACGGCGAUAUAUGCGACGUACACGCCGGCGCGACUGGCGACGGCUGACCAGUUAGCUCUCAAGAGAAGGGUGUUUGAGAGCUACGGUGGCACGACCCACUGGCCGCACCAGCAUAUUGUGGCUAGGAGUAAUGCAACGUAUCUAGAGGACGGCACGCGCGAUCCGAGGGACCGUGAAGAGCCACUGGAGAAGCCUGUGAUGACAGACAAGCUUUUGAAGCUCGCGGGAGUCAACCCAUAUUAG